GGCGACUUGAGAAACUGCAGGAGCGCGGUCACUCCUUUGAACACAAGAUCCAGAGACUGACAGUGUUCUCUCAGGAUAUUGCUUUCUACCGAAUGGGGUGAUACUGCCUUCACUGAAGCAAAAGUGUUCUUGCCUAAAGCUGUUGCAGUCCAGUGAAGAUCUUUCUUGUUAUUUUGUAAGUGGUGUAAAGCGGACAAAAAGAGCACUCAAAAACAUGGCUGAUGUCAGCCAGAACAGCUCCUUUAAUCAAAGCUCAGAAUAUGGAAAUGUCUACAGACCACAGACAGUUUUCAGCGUCUUGACAUUCACCCUUCUGGCCAUGCUUGUGGUGGCUACAUUUUUCUGGAACAUGCUUGUCCUAGUCACAAUUCUCAGAGUCAGAACGUUCCACCGUGUGCCCCACAAUCUAGUGGCCUCCAUGGCCAUAUCUGAUGUUAUGGUGGCUGCUUUGGUGAUGCCUCUCAGUCUAGUCCAUGAGCUGAACGGUCGUCGAUGGAAGUUGGGCCGAGUUCUCUGCCAAAUCUGGAUAUCCUUUGACGUCCUGUGCUGUACAGCCAGCAUUUGGAAUGUGACCGCAAUAGCCCUCGACCGUUACUGGUCCAUAACUCGCCACUUGGAGUACACGCUGAAGACCCGAAAGAAGAUCUCCAAUGUGAUGAUUGGCUUGACCUGGCUGCUGUCGUCUGUUAUUUCCCUCUCCCCUCUGUUUGGCUGGGGUGAGACGUAUUCAGAAGAGGACAUGGAGUGCCAGGUGAGCCAGGAGCCGUCUUACACCAUCUUUUCUACAUUCGGGGCCUUCUAUCUGCCUCUUUGUGUUGUGCUGUUUGUCUACUGGAAGAUAUACAAAGCUGCUAAGUUCCGUAUUGGAUCAAAGAGGACCAACACCAUCACUCCAGUUGCAGAGGCUGGAGAGGUGAAAGAGGCCUCCAGGCAGCAGCCUCAGAUGGUGUUCACAGUACGCCAUGCCACGGUGACGUUCCAGACAGACAGCGAGACAUGGCGAGAGCAGAAAGAGAAGCGAGCAGCUCUGAUGGUGGGCAUCCUCAUCGGAGUGUUUGUCCUGUGCUGGAUCCCUUUCUUCCUCACCGAGCUCAUCACCCCGCUGUGCUCCUGCCACAUUCCACCAAUAUGGAAGAGUGUCUUCCUCUGGCUGGGCUACUCCAACUCCUUCUUCAACCCGCUCAUUUACACAGCCUUCAACAAGAACUAUAAUAACGCUUUCAGAAAUCUCUUCUCCCGACAGCGCUGAGAGAUAUCUUGGCCUUGCCACAAAUGCCAGUUUAAGCCACCCUUAACAUUUGGGAAAGUGUGGUUAUCUGAGUUCUUCAAAAAGCACAGAUUCACAAAGAAACAGAGCUCAAGUAUGGACGGAAUGAUGUCUGGGCUUUUACUGUCAGGCAAAGUGAUGAUUUGACCCAGUGUCGACAGUAAAGAAUGCUCAGCUAAAAUGUCAAUCUGUCCCCUGCAUUAAAUGAAUAUAGACU